AGGAGCCGUGGCGGCGGCGGCGGCCGAGGCCGAGGGAGGGCGGCGGCAGCGGCCCGGCCCGGUCCCGGGAGCCAUGCGGCGGCCGUAGCCAUGCAGCGAACCGAGCUGCGGGACGGGGGGGAGGCGGCGGCGGCCGCCGCGGCCUCUUACCGGGUGCUCAGCCGCCUGCUGGGCUAUGGGGCCGGGCCGGAGGCGGGAGCGGCGGGUGGUGCCGGUACCGGCGCGAUGGGUUCGGGGCCGUUGGGCCCCGGCGGAGGACGGCUGCCUAUGGCCGCCUUACCGGGCGGCGGGGUUCUCCGGAGCCCGCGGCCUCCGCCGCAGCUGAUGGUGUUCCGCAACGCGGCGGAGGGGCGGCCCGGCGAGGAGGGCGGCCCGGCGGUGGGAGGCGGCGGCGGCGGCGAUGGUGGCGGCGGCGGCAUCAUCAUCGGCGGGGGGGACCCGGUGGGAGGCGGCGGAGAGCUGCUGUGCCCGCGGCACCGCUGUGCCCUGGAGCCCAAAGCGGCGGCGCGGUGGGGAGCGGCGCCGGCGGGCGGGCUGGAGCUGCAGCUGGCGGCGCUGGGGCUGCGACCGCCCGGGCUGGCCACCAAGGGACCGGCGGGAUGCCCCUGCCCUUGCCCCUGCCUCGGUCAGCCGCCCCCGACCGGACCCGCCGCCGAAGAAACCAGCGACGCGUUACUGGUGCUGGAAGCGCUGGAGCCCGACGAGGCCGGGAGCUGCUCCGACGAGGAGCCCGGGUCCCCCGGCCGCGGGCCGCCCGCGCCGCCGCCGCCGCCACCACCGGGAGAGGAGCCGCCGGUACCGGCGCCUGUGCCGCCACCUCCCGUCGCCCCCGGGGGAACCGGCGCCAGGAAGGGCUCGUUGAAGAUCCGUCUCAGCCGCCUCUUCCGCACCAAGAGCUGCAGCGGGGGCUCGGCCACCGGGGACGCCGCCAUCACCGGCACCGAGGGCCGGCGCACCGGGGAGCUGCCCGCCUCGACCGGCAGCCUGACCGAUGUCUGCGGGGCCCGCGGCCGAGAGCAGGAGGCGGGCAGGAAACACAAACUGACAAGAACCCAAAGUGCCUUUUCCCCGGUUGUGUUCAGCCCUCUCUUCACAGGUGAGACAGUGUCCCUGGUGGAUGUGGACAUCUCCCAGCGAGGCCUUGCCUCCCCUCACCCUCCAACUCCUCCUCCUCCACCUCGAAGGAGCCUCAGCCUGCUAGAUGAUAUCAGUGGGACACUGCCUCCAUCUGUGCUAGUGGGGCCCAUGGGCUCCUCCCUGCAGUCUUUCCCUCUGCCUCCACCUCCUCCACCCCAUGCCCCAGAUGCCUUCCCGAGGGCUGUGCCCCUGAGGGUGCCAGAGGCGGUGCCAGGCCAGCCCCCCCCGGCCCUGCAGUGCCCUCUCUACCGCCCUGACUCCAGCAGCUUUGCAGCCAGCCUGAGGGAGCUGGAGAAGUGUGGGUGGUACUGGGGCCCCAUGAACUGGGAGGAUGCAGAGAUGAAGCUGAAGGGGAAGCCAGAUGGAUCCUUCCUGGUGCGAGACAGCUCCGACCCCAGGUACAUCCUGAGCCUCAGCUUCCGCUCCCAGGGCAUCACUCACCACACCAGGAUGGAGCACUACAGAGGGACCUUCAGCCUCUGGUGCCACCCCAAGUUUGAGGACCGCUGCCAGUCCGUGGUGGAGUUCAUCAAGAGAGCCAUCAUGCACUCCAAGAAUGGGAAGUUCCUCUACUUCCUCAGGUCCAGGGUUCCAGGUCUGCCUCCCACCCCUGUGCAGCUGCUGUACCCAGUCUCCAGGUUCAGCAACCUCAAGUCCCUGCAGCACCUCUGCCGCUUCCGCAUCCGCCAGCUGGUGCGGAUCGACCACAUCCCCCAGCUGCCCCUGCCCAAGCCUCUGAUCUCCUACAUCUGCAAGUUCUACUACUAUGACCCCCAGGAGGAGGUCUACCUGUCCCUGAAGGAGGCUCAGCUCAUCUCCAGACAGAAGCAGGAGGCUGAGUCCUCCACGUAGCCUCACCCAGCCUGAAGCUGUCACUGCUGGACUUUGGUUGUUGCCAUCCUGCCAAGCCCGAGCCAGGCUGUGGUGGGAAGGAGGCAACGCUGGGACCUGCUGCUGC